UUGUCUCCGCCUUCGCGGUUCUUCUGUCACCGGUCCACCACAGUUCACCGCCUAUGAUUGCCGUCAUCCACCCACACAUCAAUAUUCGGUUCUGCUCUCACUACGCCGUCAACCCAGUCAUCCACUCGCAGCAAUGUUCAUGAAGCUGCAACUAUUAUACACCACCAACCUCUGUUUCCAUGGACCCAUCUUUCCAAACUCAAACGCUGUUUUGGUUUCUCCACCAGAGAAAGCUGAAAAAGUUCCUCAUAGAAGCAAUAAUGGCAGCAAAGGAACCACCUUUGUCAAGCGCUAUUCUCCAGGAUGUGUGAAUUGCGAGACCCAGUUGAGGAAACAAGGUUUGGAGAAGAAUUCCAAUGAUGGGGCUCUCGAAAAGAGAAAAAUAUGCGAUGAGCUGAGUGGUAGUGGUGGUGGGAAUUUGAAGGGGCACACCAAGUGUUCAACGAAAUGGGCUUCUUAUGGUGGAUGUAUCCCUGACAUUCUGGAUGCUUUGGAUACUUUCCGGGAUGUGGGUGAGGCAUUGAGUCCGUGGGAGGAGAGGAUCAACAACAAGGAGAGGAGCAUAAUCUUGAAGGAGCAACGGAGGUGGGACAGAGCAUUAGAGAUUUUCAAGUGGUUCAAGGAGAAUGGCCAUGAAUUGAAUGUGAUUCACUACAACAUCAUGAUUAGGACCCUUGGCAAGGCGCUGAAGUGGAGCCGUGUGGAGAUUUUGUGGAAUGAGAUGAAUGCGAGGGGGAUCACAGCAACGAAUUCUACUUAUGGAACUUUGAUUGAUGUAUAUAGCAAAGGUGGGCUAAAAGAGGACGCACUUUUUUGGCUUGAGAGGAUGCUUGGUCAAGGAAUGGAACCUGAUGAGGUCACUAUGGUAACUGUAGUCCAAUUAUACAAGAAGGCGGGAGAGUUUCGGAAAGCUGAAGAGUUUUUCAAGAAAUGGUCAUUAGGUAAACCUUUGAGGCCAAAUAAUAAGAAUGCAGUGGCUGCACCGGAAACAGAGAGGGUGGCAUAUUCUAAUACUUCUUUGAGCUCACAUACCUAUAAUGCCUUGAUUGACACAUACGGAAAGUCUGGCCGGCUUAAAGAAGCAUCAGAAACUUUUGUUAAGAUGCUUAAACAAGGCAUAGCACCAACCAUUGUGACAUUCAAUACAAUGAUUCACAUUUGUGGAAACCAUGGACAACUAGAGGAAGUAAGCUUACUCCUGCGAAAAAUGGAAGAACUUCGAUGCUCACCUAACACAAGGACGUACAAUAUUCUUGUCUCCAUCCAUGCCAAACAUAAUGAUAUAACUGGUGCAACGAAAUAUUUCAAAAGGAUGAAGGAGGCUUGCCUUGAGCCAGAUCGUGUGAGUUAUCGUACCCUCUUAUAUGCAUACUCAAUAAGGAAAAUGGUUCAUGAAGCUGAAGAGCUUAUAUCAGAUAUGGAUAAGAGGGGCCUUGAAAUAGAUGAAUUCACAUCCGAGUGUUAUGCUGCCAACAUUGAUGCAUAUGGAGAGCAUGGACAUACUUUAGAAGCCGAGGAAGUCUUCAUUCGAUCCCAAGAAAGGAAGAGUCCAAGUGUUCUUGAGUUUAAUGUGAUGAUUAAAGCUUAUGGCAUAGGGAAACGCUAUGAUAAAGCAUGUGAAUUGUUUGAUAGCAUGCAGAGACAUGGGGUAGUUGCAGACACAUGCAGCUAUAGCUCUCUCAUACAUAUUUUAGUCACUGCCGACAAGCCGCAGAUUGCUAAGUCAUAUCUGAAAAAAAUGCAGGAGGCAGGAUUAGUGAGAAAUUGCGUCCAAUAUAGUGCUGUGAUUUCCAGCUUUGCAAAACUAGGGCAAUUGGAAAUGGCAGAUGAUACAUAUAAGGAAAUGAUUAGGUACGGUGUGCAGCCAGACGUCAUAAUUUAUGGGGUGUUAAUCAAUGCUUUUGUUGAUGUUGGAAGGGUUAAAGAAGCCAUUGCUUAUGCCGAUGAAAUGAAAAGAGUCGGGUUGCCAGGAAAUACUGUCAUUUACAAUUCUUUGAUCAAGUUGUACACAAAAGUUGGCAACCUAAAACAAGCAGAAGAAACAUUCAAGUUGCUUCAAUCAUCAGAAGGAGGUGCUGCUGUAUGGUCUUGUAAUUGUAUGAUUGAUCUUUAUGCUAAGCAAUCUAUGAUCGACCAAGCGAAGGGGAUAUUCGAGACAUUGAAGAGAAAGAGAGCUGCAAACGAAUUCACAUUUGCAAUGAUGCUAAGUUUGUACAAGAAACUUGAGAGGCUUGAUGAAGCCAUUGAAAUUGCAAUGCAGAUGAGAAAAUUGCAGCUCUUGAAGGAUCCGAAAAGUUACAAUAGUGUGCUUGAUUUGUAUAUCAUUGCUGGGAGAGCCAAGGAUACGAUAGAUACCUUCAGGGAAAUGGUAAGAGCUGCCAUUAAACCUGAUGAUUGUAGUUUUAGAUCACUUGGAAAUCUUUUGGUGAGAUAUGGAGUGUCAAGGGAAAGUGUUAGAAAAUAUGAAAUGUUGAUGAAAAAGGAUUCUUCCCAUGGUCUUCAGGCAUGGACUUCAGCACUUUCAAGUGUUCUUGAAGUAGAUGAUGAUUCUGAUUCUGAUUGUGAUAGUGAAUAGAUAUGUCAUCUGCAAAGACCUUGAUAGAUUUUGCAGAAUUUUGUUUACUUAAAUCAUAUCAUCAUAUCAUGUAUAUAAACCAGCUAGCUAGGUAUGAAAUAUAAUAUUGGAAUUCUUGGUGUAGCUUGAUUGCCGACCCCACUUAGUGGGACAAGGCUUUGUUGUUGUUUGUUGGUGUAGCUUGAUUGGUUUUGCUGCAUAUUAUGUCAUAUCAUGUAUAUAAACCAGCUAGCUAGGUAUGAAAUAUAAUAUUGGAAUUCUUGGUGUAGCUU